GAUAAACACUCAGUAUUGGUUUGCAGAGCAGGAGUAACAUGGCGGCACAGUUAGCCAGCAGAAAUGUUGUUUCACUACCGCGAAGGUCAGAGCUGCUUCUGAUAAACGGAAUUUAACAGCGAGGACACAGCCGAAAGUAUUAAAUCCAGGGAGAAGUGGAUGAUGCUUAAAGGUUUCCUAGCAUUACCGUCUUGCAGCAAUGGCCUGAGGGACUCUCUGGACUGAAACCAAGACGCUGAUAUGCAUUGAGGAUGAGUGGAGUCGGUGAAAACUCAUCUGACCCUGCCAGGGCAGAGUCACGAAAACGCAAAGAAUGUCCUGCCGAACUUCUAGGACCCAGUCCCAAGCGGAGCAACGAGAAGCGCAACCGCGAGCAUGAGAACAAAUACAUCGAGGAGCUCGCCGAGCUGAUCUUUGCCAACUUCAACGACAUCGACAACUUCAAUGUCAAGCCUGACAAAUGUGCAAUCCUGAAGGAAACUGUGAAACAAAUCAGACAAAUAAAGGAGCAAGAAAAAGCUGCAGCAGCAAAUGAGGAGGAGGUACAGAAGGCCGAUGUCUCAUCAACAGGCCAAAGUGUGAUUGACAAAGAUGCCUUGGGACCAAUGAUGCUGGAGGCCCUGGACGGCUUCUUCUUCGUGGUGAACAUGGAGGGUAACAUUGUAUUCGUGUCUGAGAAUGUGACCCAGUACCUGCGCUACAACCAGGAGGAGCUGAUGAAUACCAGUGUCUACAGCGUGCUGCACGUCGGUGAUCAUGCUGAGUUCAUCAAGAACCUGCUGCCCAAAUCCCUUGUGAAUGGCGUCCCGUGGUCCAGCGAGGGUCCAAGGAGGAACAGUCACACAUUCAACUGCCGAAUGCUGGUCAAUCCCCACAGCGAGAACCAGGACGAGCCGCACGAGCACGAGCCUCAGCAGCAGAAAUACGAGACCAUGCAGUGCUUCGCCGUUUCAGAGCCCAAGUCCAUCAAGGAGGAAGGAGAUGACUUUCAGUCGUGCCUGAUCUGUGUAGCGCGCAGGGUACCCAUGAAGGAAAGACCCAUGCUUCCCACGCAUGAGAGCUUCACCACGCGCCAGGACCUGCAAGGUAAGAUAACGUCCCUGGAUACCAGUCUGCUGCGGGCAUCCAUGAAACCAGGCUGGGAGGAUUUGGUGAGGCGCUGCAUCCAGAGGUUCCACUUACAGAAUGAUGGGGAGAUGUCUUUUGCCAAGAGACAUCAGCAGGAAGUGCUCCGCCAUGGCCAAGCGUUCAGCCCCAUCUACCGGUUCUCUCUCUCUGAUGGAACCAUCGUGUCAGCCCACACCAAGAGCAAACUGGUGCGCUCGCCCGCCACCAACGAACCCCAACUCUACAUGUCCCUGCACAUUCUACAGAGGGAGCAGACAGUCUGCGGAAUGGGCCAGGAUAUGGGUCCUGGCAAUCAGGCCACAGGGAUGGCUCCAAAACCAAUGAACUCCUCUACUCCCUCCAUGACUCCUCCAACCCCAGGCAGUUUGCCAGGUUCGGGGCCUCAGGGCCAAGACACUACCAUCAGCAGCAACAGCACGCCUUUUUCCCCUCCAGGUCCUGCUGGCCCCAGAGAACCAGCAGCCAUGGGCCAUAUGCAGGGCUACCGUUUUGGCUGCCCCCCACCACACAACCACACUGGGGGCAUGCAACCACCACAGCAGGGCCCAAACUGGAGGAUGAACAGCCCCUCUCGCGCAAGCCCCAGCCCGGCCGGGGGGCCCCAUCCACCUCAACAGAACUCUAUGCUAUCACCCAGGCACAGAGGUAGUCCUGGGGGGGCGGGCAGCCCUCGUGUAGCAGGAGGCCUGCACUCGCCAUCCCCAGUGGGGAUGUGUGGUGGAGGACCUGGAGUAGCAGGCAGUAGUAGCACGACUAGUGCACAUGCUAACAGCUACACUAGCAGUUCUCUGUCAGCUCUGCAGGCCCUAAGUGAGUGCCACGGUGUAGGACACGGGCAUGGGCCCCCUCAUGCACAUACACUGGGGUCUCCAGACCGGAAGAUAGGCUCCCCAGCUAGGGUCACGCCAGGGUCAGGGGUAAACUCUCAUCUGAUGUCAAAAAUUGGAGGAAGCAGUGGUGGUGCUGGUGUUGCAGGAGACUCAUUUGGCCCUCACACAGAGGUGGGUCAGGGGCACAACCAAGGUCAGGCAGAGAGCAACAUUGCUGAGCCCAAGGAGGAGAGAGAAGGGCCCCCUGAGGGCCAUGACGCUCACAACCGUCUUCAUGACAACAAGGGCCACACUAAGCUACUGCAACUUCUCACCACCAAGCCAGAGCCUCUAGAGACACCCCUGUCCCCUGGCGCAGGAUGUGAGGGCAAAGACCAGGCUGGGACAGGGGUCCGGGGUUGCCACACGGGAGGGAACACUCAUGCCACAUCCCUCAAAGAAAAACACAAGAUCCUCCACCAACUGCUUCAGAACAGUACGUCUCCUGUAGACCUGGCCAAACUCACUGCAGAGGCCACAGGCAAAGAGCUGGGCCAAGACCAAGCCCAGGGUGCUGGUAGUACAACUUCUGGGGCAGAAAUUGCUCCCAAGCAGGAGCCCUUGAGCCCCAAGAAGAAGGACAAUGCCCUGCUACGCUACCUGCUGGAUAAGGAUGACACUGCACUGAAGGACAAGGUCCCUAAGCUGGAGCCUGGGGAGGUGAAGGUCGAAGGGGGUAAAAACACCCACGUCAAGGCAGAGAAACCAGACUCAGGAUACGACCGGGCUGAGCAGUCGUCAGAGCUGGAUGACAUCCUGAACGACCUGCAGAAUGCUCAGCCGCAGCUCUUCUGUGAGCCGCGGCCCGUUUCGCUGCCCAGUCCCAUGGACAAACAGAACAUCAUCAAUGACAUCCUGCAGAUGUCCGAGACCAAUCCCGCCAUGGUGCCACAGCAGCAACACAGAGGCACUGGCAUGGGCCCAACUAAUUUCGGGGGUGUCCGAGCAGGCCAGCCAGCCAGGGGGCUACCUGUGAGGAGUGUGUCCCUGGACAUGAAUGUGUCCCCCCAGCAGCCCUCAUUACAGUACCCCAUAAGGGCCACAAGCCCAUACACGCUUAUGCAGCAGCAACAGCAGCAAGGCAUGGUGGGAAGUCAAGGCAUGAUGACUAACCAGUCCAGUAUGGUCAACACAGGACUGAUGACUCCAGGUGGUCCACGGCCGGGCAUGCAGCAGCAGGAGGGCUGGGUGGGUUCAGCCUCUGCCCCUCCUCUGGGAGCGUCCGGCCCUGGGCAGCAAGGUGCCAUGCAGGGCAGGAUGGGGCCAAACAGUGCUCCCAUGAGGCCCAGCAGCCAGCCAGGGCCCCGACAGAUGCUCCAGUCCCCAAUGAUGGCCAAUGCCCAACCUGACAUGGAUAUUGGUAUGGUCGGCCACCAUUUCUCUCAGCAACAGGCUCCACCCAACCAGACAGCCCCAUGGCCAGACAGCAUGAUGCCCAUCGACCAGACAGCGUUUGUAAACCAGAACAGGCCGGUGCACUCAGCGCCUCAGGAGGACUUGCUGUGCAGCACUGGGCUCAGCUCUGGUGAUGGUAGUUCAGUAGAUGAGGGCGCCCUGAUGUCCCAACUGUACACUGCACUAAAAGAUUUUGACGGUUUGGAGGAGAUUGAUCGUGCCCUCGGGAUCCCUGCUCUGGUAGAACAGAGCCAAACCCUGGAGCCAGACCAGUUCCCUCAGGACCCCGGAAUGAUGUUAGACCAGAAGCCCCCCAUGUACACCCAGCAAUUUGGUCCCCCGCCAUCCCAUAUGACCCAAAGGGGCUACCCCGGUGCUCCCAUGCAAGAGCCAGGCUUCCACCCAAUGUCAGGCCAGAUGGGUCCACGGCCGGGUUACCCCAUGAUGAGGAUGCAGGCGCGGCCAGGAAUCAGGUCUGCGGUCGCCCCAAACCAACCCAACACACUACGGCUGCAGCUUCAGCACCGGCUACAGUCACAGCAGCAGAACCGUCAGCCAAUGAUGACUCAGAUGAGUAGUGUGUCAAAUGUGAACCUACCUCUUAGAGCCAGUGCUCCAAACCAGGGGACCAUCAAUGCUCAGAUGUUGGCCCAGCGUCAGCGGGAGCUGCUGAGUAAUCACCUGAGACAGAGGCAGCAGCAGCAGCAGCAGGUCCAGCAGGCCCAGCAGGUCCAGCAGCAAAGGAGCAUGGCCAUGAGGGGCCCGGGCCUCAACCUGCCUCCCAACAUGGCUGCCGGAGGCAUGAGUAACCCUCGGAUCCCACAGGCCAACCCCCAGCAGUUCCCCUACCCGCCCAGCUACGGUAUGAGCCAACAGGCAGACGGAGGCUUCGGAGGUCCCGGCACACCACAGAGCCCCCUGCUUUCUCCCCGCAUGGCCCACACGCAGUCCCCAAUGAUGCAGCAGGGCCAAGGAAACGCUGCUUUUCAGGGCUCCCCUGACAUGAACGGCUGGCCACAGGGCAACAUGGGAGGCAACAGUAUGUUCUCACAGCAGCAGGCAUCACCACAGUUCACCCAGCAGAAUAACAGCAACAUGUACAAUGGCAAUGGUAUGAACCUCAACAAUGUCUCCAUGGCCACCAACAUGGCAACCAGCAGCAUGAGCAGCAUGGGCCAGAUGGCCGGACAGAUGAGUGUCACGUCAGGGCCCUCACCCGGCUUGCCCUCCAUGGGGCAAGAACAGAAGUACUGUUGACCCUCAUGGAGUUCUUAACCUGAACCUCAGUGAUCAGCUGGUGCAAGGAGCGCGUCGGCCCUUUAAAAAUUGUACAAACAUGUAAACCAACCGACGGCCCCUUGAACCAGCCAGGCCAUGCCCUGACCCCGUCUCCCCAGCCCAAAUUUGCUGUCUGUCCCCCGCUGGGCCUCUUCAGCAUCCCCGGAGGAGCCCGGCCACGAACAGGCACAGGAGUGUGAAGAGGGCUGGGGGAAGGAUCAUGGAUCUCUGUCCAACAUGCCUAUCCCUCCUGGAGGAGAGCCUCGUGAUGAGCCAGUCUGUCUGCCUGUCCAGCUGCAUUCACCGUAGUGUGACUUACUGUAGGCCUCCUGGUGGGGGACGCUGACUUAAGGGGGCAGCAGUGGGUGGGAUCCCUCGUUCUGAUGAAUGUAUUCCUCUCAGUGGACAGCGGCCAUUUACAAUCUCAUCUCAAAAAUGACGUACACUGAUUUUUUUUUUUUUUCUUUUUUUUUUUUUCCUUUUAUGUCCUACUUUUCUCACAUUUGUGACAUUUCCACAUAGUUCCAAAAUGGCAGCAAAGACUCCAAGUUAUGUUCAGAAUUACGGAUGGAGCUCAAACACUUAGCCGGUUUUGCCUUUUUGCUGUUCUUUAUUUUAUUAUUAUUAUUGUUUUAGUUUUUUUUCUUCUUGUGAGAAAUAAGAUGUAGAUUGAAGAUAUAUGGUUGAAAAAACUGAUCUUGAAAAACACUGCAGAAGAAUGGUUUGAGUGGACUGGUGAUUUGUAUGAUUAGACUAAUUUAGUCAAGAGGUUUCUAUAGUGUAUUAAAUUAAGUUUUAUUUUUCUGUAUAGAUUCAUUUUAAUUAUUGUAGAUGAUUCUUUAUCCUAGUAGCAACAAGAAAAAAUAUUUCUAAAAGUGUGAAAGAGGCACUUUUUUUAUAAUUUUAACAGUAAUGGUUGUAUUCUUUCUGAGAAGAUUCUUCUGUUAACCUGAAUAAUGGAUUAUACUUUGGUCCUUUAGUUUCAGAAGAAGAUGUCAAAGUCAAAUAUGGUUUAAAAAUGAAUUACAGAGAUUGUACAUACCAAUAAGUAAAACAUUUUCUUUCCUAUUUAUUUUAUUCCUUAUGGUUUUGGUUCCCCCUGUCUGGUCACAACUGCCUCUUGAAACAGAGCAGGUUUUUUUUGUUUUUCUUUUAUUAUAUUAUUAUUAUUUUUCCAUUUUUUUGUUUUGUUUAUGGGAAGUGGAGUGGGAGCCUUCAUGUUCUGAUGUUCUGGUACGAUGCAGACAGGGGUGGGGGUGGGAAGUAGGGAAGGGUUGUAAGGGGGUGUGCUGUGUAUACAGUGUACAGAUUAUCGCUUGCUUCUCUGCCUUUAGCAUAGAACACAAAAAAGAAAAAAAGAAAAAAAAACAACAGGACAAAUUCAACACAGCCAUACAAUAACUCAAAAAAAUAACAGAAGUGUGCUUUCUAUGUUGUCUGGAGUGAAAAAUGCUUCAUACAAGCUGCUAGGUGCAAACUGUUCUGGUGUGAUGUAAACAAGCAAUAACGAUUACUUGAGAAUCUCUUGGGGUUUUUUUGUGUUUUUGUUUUUGUAAUUUUUGUACAGUUUCCUGAAGAAAAAGGACACAUUUUUGCUCCAUGUUUGGAUGCAGUAUUAAACACAGUUUUUUAUUGCAGUUUGUACCAAGAAAGUCUACAUCCACACACAGCGUUCCUAUUAGAUUAUGCAGCAUUGGCUGAGGCCUGGAGAGGGAGGUAGUUUGUGAUCCCCCUGUUGACACAUGCCCUCUCUGCCUCCAGCCAUUCUUCUAUAGCAGAGGUCAGAGUUAAGACUGCACUUCAUGAGACCUGCUCUGACAGACACUUAGCCAUAUUUUAUGACCUCAGGCAGUUAGUUCAACUAUAAAGUGUUCAGUAAUGACAUGCUAUUCUUGUGCCCCAGUAGGGGUUUGGUUUGACCUUCACAAGAUCUAGAGCAAGUCAUCUUCUCUAACCUCAAAAGUACAUUUUCCUCAAAGAAACAAAACUUUUUAUAUCAGCUAUUUAACCCAGGACAGACUUGGAGCAAAGCCAAAUAAUCCUCACCUUUCAAUUGGAUUUCUGAAUUCUACCAGCUUUUAUUUUCAUCGUGAGAGACGACCUGUUGGUUAGCACGCUUCGAGGCCCACAGAAAACAAGAAAUCUAUGAUGAUGUCACUUCACAGGGUCUAAUAUAGAUGUUGCAGCAUAAAAUAGGAAAAGAAUCAUUCUGAAUGUAUUGUCAUUAAAGGCCUUAGGAUGUGACUGAUGGUGUUUCCUGUCAACAUGUUGACAACGUGGUGUUGUACAGUUGCACCAUGCUUUUCUCAGCACUUGCGGAGGAAGUUGCCCAUUGUUGCUUCUUUUUUUUAAAUUAAGUUCUAUACAAAAUUUGAAGCUGUAGCAAGUCAACUUUGGGACAAAGGAAGUCUGCAUCAAAGUUUUGGUUGUCAUCAUUGCAGAUGUCAUGCAGUUAUUUUGCUGUAGGCCUACAGGAGACCACACUUCUUUGAUAAAUGCUGUUUUGAUUGUAAAAUACAGUCGUGCAGAACAAGCCUUUUUGAGCCAUUUUAAAGAAUGAUUCAGAGCCCUUUGCAAAUUUCCAAAGAUUGUCAAGAUUUUGAAGACUUAAAGCCAUGUGGUAGCAAUGCAUUUUUUAGCAUUUAUAAUGAGGACAGGUGCAAAGAAAUGAUUUUGCCCCUAACAAAUAUCCAGGCUUUGGACCCACUAAACGAAAUAUUUUUUCUCUUUAACUUAUGGUUUUGAAGAACUUUAAAUGCCCUUUUGUAUUGUCUGCCAAUUUCUUAGAGCUAAGAUGCAACCUUGAAAUGCUAAAAACCCUAGCAUAAUGCCUUAGAUUUCGUCCGUUCUCGUUCUUGUACAUUACACCGCUGUCUGUAUAAAUUUGUAUAAUGACUUGUGUACAAUAUUGAAUGGGUGCAUCAUUGUUCAGCUCUUCUCAGUUACUGGAGACUCGGUCACAGUUGGACUGUCCCUCAUCAUUGCUCUCUGUUCUGUGUUGGGUUGAAGUUGACUCUGUUAUUUCAUUUCCCCCUCACUGUUUGUAUGGAAAAGAUGAUACAUAGGGAUAUUGAAGCAAUAUGUAAUAUACUAUAUGGACUUUCUGAAGAAAGCUUACUGUUGUGUUUUCCCGAGAUAUUUUUUUUUUUCUGCAUUGUUCACAGGAAUCACACUGUACACCCGCAUCCACCUUUGUACCCCUUAGUGUGUGAGCGUUUUAUGCAAAAUUAGAUAUACAAGAGAAGUUAAAACCACAGUUAUGCAAGUUGUGAACUAAUAUGGCUUCGCUGAUGCUAUUUGCCUUGUAAAUAAAGAAUUCUGUUAUUGCAAUAUUUAA